GAAACAUAAUACCAUUACUCAACUAAGUCAUGCUCUGAAAAACACGAUAGCUAAACCCCGAAAAAAAAAGGUAUAGAACGAAAAGAAAGAGGAAAUCACCAACUUUUUGCAGUAAGUAAAUGCUCGCUCGUCCCCGUGAGCCUCCAUUUCCGCUGUGUAUGGGCCCUCCCGUUGUUUCUAGCGCUUCCCGAUAGGGUUGUUGUCCCUCUACUCCUGUCAUUUUCAAAUUCCUCCGUUCCAAAUUCUAAAAGACACCUUUGUGGUCGGGUUAUCCGCUUCUAUAUCGUGCUUCCGCGAAAGGCCCGUGACAGACUCCUCAUAUGGGUUCCUUAUCAUCCGCCAUGCAGAACCUUGGCUUGGUCCAGGACUGUCCGAGAAGGCACUGUCAGACUGUGACGAUGCCGCACGUUUGCGUCGUUUCGGAUGCGGCGGCACUGGCGAGUCGUCCUGCUUUGGUGAUUCGACCUUCUCAUAUCGUCGUUCCCCUGGGUGUCCGGAGGAACUUCGUUCAGGUGUUCUGUGCUCCAUUUUGUUUACACCGUUCGUUGAAUUCACGAUACCGCGCUGACAGUGGCGCACGGAACCUGGUAGCUAAGUUGGGAUCCAACAGCGACUUCCAUAUGUCCACGGCCCUCGUCCGACUUUGUGAGUCGGUGUCGAUGGAUGCAAGAAUUUUUCGCCAUAUUCCGCGAAACUCCGAGAGAACAUCUUCUCCAUACUGGCUUAGCGCAGCUUGCUGUUCCCAUUUUCCAAAACCGUUCGGGUAGAUAAGGGGCUCUGGUGCCUGAAUGAAGCCUUGAGUAUGGCCUUGAUUCAUAUUCGAGACAUUACCCUCAGUGGCUGUGCCAUUUCUUUCUGUCUUUUUUCGACCACCCAUUUCCUGAUAUGGUAGCUUCGCUGUUGUUUCUAGAUCUUGGAAUGGCUGUACUGCAUAGUCGGGAUGUGACUUUUCAGGGUCAGCCCUCGAGGCUCGCAGAUCAAGGCUAGCUCUUAUAUAAAACGUUUCUUGGUCUGCACCAGCGGACAGUGACCGGCUGCCAUGACGACUUUCAGGUUCAGUACUAGUCCUGAUUGUCUCGUGUAUCACCAGAUCCUCUUUCUUAGCGGUGGCUCGGGUUUUCCUGGGUUCAAAGCAUGGAGUGACCGUCUUUUUCUCUCCAGAGGGUUGAUCGAAUGCUUUUGGUUCCUUCUGAGCUUGGGGUUGUGUCCGUGUGCUACGGCCGCUGUUAAUGUUUCCCCCUCUCAGGUGGAUCCUUGGCCUACCACGCCCACGUUUUGGGAGUUGACCGACGCGGCCAGCCUUAGUAGCAGGACCAAUUUCACUCCAAUCUGGAUCAGCAUCAGCAUUGUCAUUAUCGACAUGGGCAACAGCGUUCUCAUAUGUGCCAUGUGUGACAGCGUUGUCAUUGUCCACAUCUUGCUCCUCCAUCUGACGGUCCUCACGACUUUCACCCUUCU